CUUCAACGGAUCCCUUUAUGGAAAAAAUAACAAGUUAGGGAAAUUUUUAUACCUGGACCGAUUUAACCCAAAAAGUUUUUUUUUUCAUCUACAAAUAAUUAAAAUAACAGGUUUAUGACCACCAAAGGCAAAAACAGAAAUUACAAAUGUAUUGUUUUUUUAUUGAAUGUGUACUCUAAUUGCAUGACAAGCGCUAGAUUUUUACGAUCUUGCUCUUCACGUCACAAAGCCCAGAAACAUGGAAAAGGUGUAAUGAAUCUUUUGAAACACUAGGUGUCGCACUUUCCACUUCUGUCGUCGGUGAAUUAAGUUGGUCGCUCGGUUCGGUUGCGAUGGACACGUUUUUCGAGGAAACCGUGAAGAUUCCGUUUGGGACCAAGAUUCUGGAUGCGGCGUGGAGCGUCCCGACCACUUCCACGCAUGCGCUCACCGCCGUCAUACUCACACACGGCGCAGGCGCAGACAUGAACUUCAGGCACCUGGCGUCCCUGGCGCGCGCCCUGGCAUCAGACGGACUGCUCUGCCUCCGCUUCACCUGCAGGGCUCUAAACCUGGCUUACAGGGUGAAAGCGUAUCACGCUGCCUGGAAUUACUUGAAAUCACAGGGGAAGUUUGCAGUAAAAUCCAUAUAUCUAGGAGGUAGGUCGAUGGGCGGCCGGGCGGCUGCGGCGCUGGCCAGGCAGCUGAGCCAGGACGGAGAUGAUGCUCCGCAGGGCCUCAUCUGCCUGAGCUUCCCCCUGCAUCCUCCAGCGCAGAGCCACGCCCACCUGCAGAGGAGUGAAGAUCUGCGCAUGCUCCCCGCAAGCAUCCCGGUGCUGUUUGUGUCUGGGACGGAGGACGACAUGUGUGACAGGGACCUUUUCAACAAGAUGAUGAAGGACAUGGAAGCUCCCACUGAGGUGUUCUGGCUGCAGGGAGGCAGCCAUGGACUGGCUGUCAGAGGACGGUCUGAGGAAUCCAUCAUGGAUGAGGUCAACCAAAAAGUUAUCUCCUGGAUAAGUGAGAUGUGAGACUAGGGCACAUGUAACUUGUUUAUAUUGUUGUGUUAAUUUUUUCAAUAAAAUGCAUUCUAUUC